CGAACGUGAUCCUGAACGAGAACGUGUUACCGCUUGGGUUGUAAUUUCGACUGUACUUGUACUAUAAUUAUUAAAUAGUGAAAUUAAAAUGUAAUUAUAGAUCGUGUACUUCAUUCUUUCAUUCUGCUGCGUGAGUCUUGUUCGAACUUCGUCGGUGAAUUGCUCUCGCGUCCCGUAACGAUCAAGUUGAUCUUUUCUCCCAUCGAGCUUAUACUCUUGAAGAUCUAAAAUUCAUGAGAAUUCGCUUCGCAGUAAUUUGAAUUUUCGUGAAAAAGAAAUGGUUAUCGGAAUCCCGGAGGAUCUAUUUAUGAAAAAAAUCCAUUGCCAUGAGGGUGUUGUUACCAAUGAAUAUCACAAACGAGCUGACACCGAUAAAUUGAGGGAAAUAUUUAAUAAAUACGCUGCUGUCGAGAAAGAUGGCGAGAAAUUCAUCGCUGCUUAUGAUUUCAUUCAGAAAUUCCUCGGUAUUCUUACCGAAGGUGAAAGUAAUCAAGAAUCUAUCAAAUUAUUCGCCGGAAUUGCGGAUACUACGAAAGAUGGGUUGAUUUCAUUUGCCGAAUUCCAAGCUUUCGAAGGACAUCUUUGUGAUCCAGAUGCUCUUUAUAAAACUGCAUUUCAGUUAUUCGAUCUAAAUGGAACUGGUCUUGUUGGGUUCGCUGAGUUCGCCAAAGUGAUCAAGAAAACCGAAUUGUAUCGACGAAUGCCAUUCGAUAUCGAUAACAGUUCGUUCAUGACGUUAUAUUUCGGUAAAGAUAAAAAGAGAGUGAUCCAUUACGCCGAAUUUGCUCAAUUUUUACACGAUUUUCACGAAGAAUGCGGAACCGAAGCGUUCAGAAAAUUCGACCGGACCAGUACUGGUUUCAUUACAGCGUCUGAUUUCGAAAAAUUAAUGCUUUUAGUCAAAAGCCACCUUUUGACCGAUGCAGUUAAAGAUAACUUAUUAGCUAUCGCCGGAGGCGUCCAAGGAGGGCAUCGUGUGAGUUUCCCAUAUUUCAUGGCAUUUACUUCCCUCCUAAACAACAUGGAGCUCAUUAAACGUAUCUACUUGAACGCGACAAAUGAAAACAAGCAUCAAGAAAUCACAAAAGACGAAUUCUUGUACUCGGCUCAGCUCAUGUCGCAAAUCACACCUCUGGAAGUGGAAAUAUUAUUCCUGCUGUGUAAUUUAAUUCAUCCAAGGGCCGGGAAAAUCGUUUUCAAUGAUUUGCAAAUUAUAACACCGGAACAAUACUUUAGACACGUGCAUGAUCGCAGAUUAGCUGAAAUUCACGCCGUUUCGAGUCCGGAUGAGCGGAGUGUUUUUAUUCAACUUCUCGAAAGCAUGUACAGAUUCACGUUGGGAUCAGUAUCUGGAGCUAUCGGAGCAACAGCUGUGUAUCCUAUCGAUUUAGUGAAAACUCGAAUGCAGAAUCAAAGAUCUGGCUCGUAUAUUGGCGAAUUAAUGUAUCGAAACAGUUUCGAUUGUUUUAAAAAAGUAAUUAGACACGAGGGAUUUUUCGGAUUAUAUCGAGGUUUACUACCGCAAUUUCUCGGCGUAGCUCCAGAAAAAGCUAUUAAAUUAACUGUUAAUGAUUUCAUUCGUGAUAAGCUCACCGUUAAUGAAGAGAUACCGUUGUAUGCUGAAGCUUUAGCUGGCGCAUGUGCCGGGUUUUCUCAAGUUAUAUUCACGAAUCCGUUGGAAAUCGUCAAGAUCAGAUUACAAGUAGCCGGUGAAAUUGCCAAAGGAGCUAAAUUAAAAGCAUUCAGCGUCGUGAAAGAAUUAGGAUUAUUUGGCCUUUAUAAAGGUGCCAAAGCCUGUUUCCUCAGAGAUAUCCCAUUCAGCGCUAUUUAUUUUCCAGCGUAUCAUCAUACGAAAAUGAAAUUCGCCGAUGAUACGGGGUAUAAUAGUCCUUUGUCUUUGCUAGCCGCCGGAUGUAUUGCCGGUGUACCUGCUGCGUCGUUGGUUACGCCGGCUGAUGUGAUCAAGACCAGAUUACAGGUGGUUGCCAGACAAGGACAAACUACAUACAACGGUUUAUUCGACUGCGCUAUAAAAAUAUACAAAGAAGAAGGAGCCAGAGCUUUUUGGAAAGGAACUGGAGCUCGAGUAUUCCGAUCAUCUCCUCAAUUCGGGGUCACGCUGUUAUCUUACGAAUUACUUCAGAGAUUAGUUUACGUUGAUUUUGGAGGAUCACGACCGUCUGGAUCUGAACAAACUAUUCCUACGCACAAUGUGAACGCGCUGGAUGAAUUUAAAUCCUCAAAUGCCGAUCAUAUCGGCGGAUAUCGUGUCGCUUUGCCUAUUUUAACCGGCAUCGAAACCAAAUUCGGUCUUUCAUUUCCUAAGUUUACCGUUCCCUCGAUGUAGCUUUUUUUUACGUUCUCAGAGAGGUGUUCAAAGUGACCUUUUUCCUUUUUUUUUCUUUCUUACAUUGCUCCAAGUACCAUUUGUCUCUUUGUAGAUGAUGUUGUGAUUCGAUUAGGUUUUCCUCUAUCGUUCUGAAUACUCAUAAGUUAUCAUAUCGAUGAUUUCGUUAGUGAAAUUGAAAAUUUUAAAGCCGGUAAUCGAUUUUAUCGCGUGUGUGAGGCUUUUUUUCUCGAUAUUUAAUUCGAUUCGUUCGUUUUGUUUUUUUUGUUGUUGAUUUUGAUUCACAUGUAAAACGAGGCUUUUUAAAAUGCGUAAUAAAGUUACCAUUAAAACGUAUCCACGAUGAUUUUUAUUGCUCGUAAAUUUCUUUUCGUUGUAGUUUUUUUUUUGUUUUAUUUUUAUCGAAAUCAGUAUUUUUUAUUUUCGGUUAAUUAUUUUUCCUUUUUUUUCAACGACGACGAACGAAUCUGUAUUUUUCAUGUCGUUCGAAGCACGCUGAUAUUAGAUUUCGAGUUUUUAAAUUUUAUUAACCGACGAGUAAAAUUGUACGGAUGAAAUUUCGUACGUUGCAUUUUAUCGUUAGUUUUUUUAAAGCUCUCCUUGUAAAGGAUUCAAUUUUUAAAAAAGAAACGCAUUCCUAUUUCUUUGAUACAUGUUUUCCUAUUCUGUGGCCAUAUUUUUUACAUCAACGAUAGUCUUUUAGCAUCACCGGAUCAUAUUUCACAUGUUACUAUUAUUGCUGCAAGCAAAUUGUUAAAUUUUAUAUCGAUUUCUUUCUCAUCCUCAUUACCAUUGAAAGUGUUGUCGACGUACGAGUUGAUGAAAAAAUUAAACAGAUAUCGCGAGUACAACAAAAUGUCCGGUUUGAGUGGUUUGUCUUUGUGGUCUGGUAUUUUACGUACUUCUACCUCAAUCGUCUGUCUCCCCGUCCGCAUUUUAAGUUCAUAUUACAAUUUUCGAUCAUUUUACUCACGUGAUAAAAGUAUUUUUUCAUUAUCUGUUACCAUAUAUAUUUAUUAUUUUACUUGUGUGUAUUUUUUUUUUUUUUUUUAUAAAUAAUAUGCUCUUCGUAUAUACAUUUUAAUAUGUACUUUGGAAAAGUGAUUAUUAAUAUGGAAUUGAAUUUGUGAUAUGUAUUCGAGCGCAAUAAACUAUUUUUCCCUCGUUUGCGCAUCCAGACGAACCAAGUUCGCUGUUGCGAUCAUCAGA